AUGGCGUCCGGUUACGGCUUGAACGGAGGCCCAUCUCGUUGCUUUCCAUUCUGGCAGGAGCUGCUAGCUUGCUAUGUGACCAACAGCUCGGAAGACAACCCCGACGGCAAGAAUAAGUGCAUCCCCGUCAUGGAAGAUUACUACGAGUGCCUGCACCACCGGAAAGAGGCUGCCAGGGUGCGGGCGCUGCAGGCCGCCUACCGCGAGGCCGAGGCCAAGAAGCUGCAAGAGAACCCGCCGACUGCUGGUCAAAUACGGAAUCUGGGGCUUCUAAACAAGGAGGAGGACACAAAGAAGCAUUGUGCCACGGCGACGCAACAAUGGAUGAAGAUGUGUUUCGCUCUUUCGGCCAAGAUGCCGUGUUUGCGCGGCAUUGAGGUCUUUCUGACCACGAGGCCAGAUAACGAGAAAAUUCCCGAGUAUCCGCAUCCCGAAGGCACUUCAGCUCGGGUCAUCUGCGGGCAGCAUCUCAUCAGGAGUCCCUCUUUGGCCAGCAACCUGAGUAACUCUGCGAUUACUCCGCCGUCUUCGUUCUCUCCUCGCAAGGCCAACCCGUUGGUAUCGGUUUAUCUUCCUUCAGUUCCAGGAACCCCAUUUACCAUCAAUUACAAAAUUAGUCAAGUCCCGCCUGAACCAUGCAAGUACCUCUUCUUCCGACUCUACAUCAAUGCCCGGCCCAUGGUCUCAUGGGGCAUUGAUCCCCAUUCUCGUCCCUACGGUAAAGUGAUCAAGUCUCUAUGGCUGCCGUCCGAUGACCGAUAUCGUGGCCUGGUUGGCUUCGAAAAGCGCAGCUUUGUCUUCCUCCCCGGCGAGGAGUUCAAAUCGGUGGCUGAGGACGGAGGUCUCAUCGAAGUGCAAGUCUUCCGGGCAAAAGAUCGUCGCGCUCGCACCCCAAAGCUCGAAACAUUUCGGUUCCGAGACAACUACGGCAUUGCGGCUCCAAGUAUUGGCCUGUUGGAUAAGCCGCAGAAUGCCUUUUUCUAUGACUGGCUGCUUAUUGAUCCGAAGGAUGAGCCGUUCGCAAAGUUCAGAAUGCAUUACAGAUCAUGGAGGAACCUUAAGUCUCUCAACUUGAUCCCGUCCAGCGAGUGGGAGCUGUUACUUGCUGUCUCGCCGAAGGCACUUCGGACAGCUGCUUCAACGGGCAAGAUCGAGAAGCCUACAUCUCCAGCUUUCAGCGACUCUGACUCCGACGAUUCUCUCUGCUCCGCCACUGACUCAGACGAAUGCGUCUUUGACGACCAUUCCAAGAAGACCAAGUCCAACAGGUCCAAAGAAUCCCCCUUUGCUUUCCUCAACAGCCCACCCGAGCGCUUCCGAGCCAUGGCUCCAUCUAGCGAGAAAUUGCCUCAGCCAAGCAAACUGCUGCGCGACAGCCAGCGCGCCCCCUACCAGUCGCGCCCACUACCCGAGUUGCCUGUGGAAGCUGGAGUGAACUCGACGGGUCUGAAUCCCCCAUCUGUUAAGGUUGCCGCAGACCUACGCCGGAAGCCCUCAGCCACAUCCAUGGAGUCGAAUGCUGUGUCGAUUACCCCUUCGCUGCUGAGAUGCAUGGAGGAGGGGACACUGGAUUUGGAGAAGGCUGAAGUGGGUAUCGCGAAGCUGGUCAAAGUUGCUGCGUCGGGAUCGGAGCCGAGUUCAAGUAGCAGCAGUGCUACACAGUUGACAGUGUCAGCUGUGAGGGAGGUAGAACUUCGUCCGCCACAGCCUGAGCGCAAGGGAGGUCUUCCGAUGGAUUACUCUUUUUCUGACUAUGAAAAGUCUUCGCAGUCCAGUUUCGGCGACGAUGAGAGAAUGUCUAACAUUUCUGAUAUGGAAGAGAAACCUUUUCCAGCACCGCCUACCUGUUACCUGCCUACCACCGGCAGCGGGUUGGAGAGAGAACUGGCUAUGUUCGACUCUCCAUCACCGUCACCUGUUCCAUACUCGGCUAUGGAGCCGCCGGUGACUCCAUCACCAUCUUCUACGCCAUAUAAGACUAAGCUAGGGAGGAAACCCUUACUAUUCAGUAGACGGCUCGGUUUAUUCAGCCCUAGGAAAUCUCUCCCAAGCGACUUCCUCCUGGGGCAAGCGAAGAAGCUUGUCGUGGAGGAAGAAACUACCAACAGCAACGUCAGCCUGGCGUUUGGCGAGCUGACUGUCACAGAUAUGAGAGCCGAGAGUCCGUCCCCCGCUCCAAAGGGGAAGCCUCUGCGGCGGUUUUCGACUAUCAGGGUCGAGGAGAUUAGCAUCAAAGAGAAGCGGCCGUUGUUUAAUUCGCUUAGGAGGAUUGCAUCUGCGUCGCCUAGGAAGUUGGCGGGGAGGGUGUUGAGUAUGGACUUGGGAAAGAAAGGAGGAGAAGAGAAGGAGGGUUGA